AUGAUGCACACCGGCGUCACCCCCUGCGAUCUCAAUCGAUUCGGUGUCAUUGUCAGAUCCAGCCCUCGCCACUCUGAUUGCACGAUCGUUGCCGCCAACAAGUUAUGUUCUGAUAUCCGAAGUCCUGACUAUGUUGAUUGUCAUUCAAAUUGUAACAAGUCUACAUCUCAAGUGUCUUUGUUUUUGUGUUCUGACUCCACUAAUAGAAGAAAUGGCCUGCGUAGCGGACUACUUUGUGUGAACCCCUCUAGCAGGAGAAAACUUGUUCCGGCUUCUUAUUCUGUGGAGACAAGUGCUUAUGAUGUGGGUGCCUUAGAAUCUCCUUCACGUGUUGCAGAAGAAAAAGUUGGCGUGCUACUUCUCAAUCUAGGAGGACCAGAGACAUUGAAUGACGUUCAACCUUUUCUGUUUAAUCUUUUUGCAGAUCCUGACAUCAUUCGACUCCCAAGGUUGUUUAGGUUUCUCCAGCGGCCAUUGGCAAAAUUGAUUUCUGUACUUCGGGCUCCUAAAUCCAUGGAAGGGUAUGCUGCCAUUGGUGGUGGCUCGCCUUUACGCAAAAUUACUGAUGACCAGGCACUUGCAAUCAAAAUGGCUUUGCAAGCAAAGGGCCUCUCUUCAAAUGUCUAUGUGGGGAUGCGAUACUGGUACCCAUUCACUGAAGAAGCAAUUCAGCAAAUUAAGAAGGACAGAAUAACAAGGCUUGUGGUACUACCCCUUUAUCCCCAAUUUUCUAUAUCCACGACUGGGUCAAGCAUCCGCGUUCUUGAACAAGUAUUCAGGGAAGAUGCCUAUUUGUCUACACUUCCUGUUUCCAUUAUAAACUCUUGGUAUCAACGAGAAGGUUAUGUUAAGUCAAUGGCUGACUUAAUUGUGAAAGAACUCCAGAGUUUUUCUGAACCAAAAGAGGCGAUGAUAUUUUUCAGUGCACACGGUGUGCCUGUUAGUUAUGUUGAGGAUGCUGGGGAUCCAUACCGAGAUCAAAUGGAGGAGUGCAUCUUCUUGAUCAUGCAAGAACUGAAAGCUAGAGGAGUUUGUAAUGAGCACACUCUUGCUUAUCAGAGUCGAGUGGGUCCUGUACAGUGGCUUAAACCAUAUACAGAUGAAGUUCUUGUUGAGCUUGGCCAAAAAGGUGUAAGGAGUCUUUUAGCUGUUCCAGUGAGCUUUGUGAGUGAGCAUAUCGAGACUCUUGAAGAAAUUGACAUGGAGUACAAGGAAUUGGCUCUUGAAUCUGGCAUUAAGAAUUGGGCACGUGUACCUGCCCUUGGUCUUACCCCUUCCUUCAUUACAGAUUUGGCCGAUGCAGUAGUAGAAGCUCUCCCGUCAGCAAAAGCAAUGUAUCCACCGAACAGCACCUCUGAAGAUGUUGAUCAUGACCCAGUUAAAUAUUUUGUCAAGUUAUUCUUUGGUUCUUUCUUGGCAUUCAUCUUGUUCUUGUCACCCAAAAUGAUCAUGGCAUUCAGGAAUCAUUUUUAG